AUGGCGGUGGCAGAUGUGAAGUUAAAUUCACCAACUCAAACAAACAGUCAAAGUGUUGUUGUCAAUGUCAAAGAAAGAGAUGUUGAAGUGGGGAAACCAUACGAAGACCAAGAUGGUAUAACAAUAGUUCCUGUAAAAGAACAACCAACAUAUCCUGAAGUUAGCAGAGACUUAAGUUCUGUUGCAGAUAUUCGAAACGACUACCAACAACUGAAAAACAAACUUCAAACUCAGGAGAAGAUUUGUCAAGCUUUAGGUAUAAUGUUAAACUUGGUUGAGCACAACCCUGUAAAAGUGAACUCAUAUGUCAUUGCACCUCAUGAAGUCUUGAAAGAACUAUUGA